AUGAUCAAAGAAUUGAACGAACUUAGGAUGCUCGAGCUAACACCAAUUUGUGAUGCUACAACUCUGGAGCCGAAACCAUUUCGUGAUGGCACAACCUUGAAACCUUCUUCUCGCCUUCACCAGGAGGGUUUGUACGAAGUCAUGGCCUCGGAGGACGACCGACAGCAGCAUACUUGCCAAAAGCAGCAGCAGCAGUGCUAUGUGCCGGCAAUCGAAUGCCGAUCACCAAAGCAGCAUUCAGACCCCGAAUACGUACAGACCUCGUGGAUGACGGCAGUGGAGCGCAUCAUCAGAAGCAUAUCCCCUGACGAUUUCUCCUUUGAAACAGAUCAGAAUCAAGUCUCAUCCUCAUCUUUGCUGAGUUCACCAACAGUCCAAGCUGGGAGCGAAUGCCCACUUGUAUACCGACCACGACGAAAGAGAGUAAGGCAUGACCACAACUUAGCCAUUGAUACUCCUCCAACGAAUGACUUCAGGAGUGUCGAUGAUGACCUCAAGCCACGAUAUAGAUCCUAUCAACAGGUUCAGUGGGAUCAGCAAUAUCAGGAAUUGCUCAAGUUCCAAGAGCGGCACGGCCAUUGCAUUGUCCCACAUACCUACGAUCCUAAUCCUUCUCUCGCUCGUUGGGCCAAGCGUCAGCGGUACCAGUACGUACAGAAAAUGGAACACAAAAAGUCGGGCAUGUCAAAUACUCGGCAGCGAAAGCUCGAUGCCGUGGGGUUCGUAUGGGACCUUCAGAUGACGGCAUGGCGGCAGCACUUCAAUGACCUCGUGGACUACAAACAAAAGCAUGGCGAUUGUAACGUUCCCAGUCGGUAUACUGAGAAUCCGCCUCUUGGCAUGUGGGCCAAGUGCCAACGUCGACAAUAUAGGCUCUAUUGCUCCAACCAACCCUCGCGCCUGACAUCAGAGCGCUUUCAGCUCUUGAAAAACUUGGGAUUAUUCGCACAGGCAGAGGAGCCCCUUCUCUUGGGCAAUCCAAAGAAAAAGAGAAAGGUGAUGGUGGUCUCGAAUCGAGCAAGAUUUUCAAUUUGCAAUAGCGCGUUCGCUCUUGAAUGA